CUAGGGAACUGGCAGGAGCCAGCCUCAGAGGACAGAAGGGGAUUUAGGGGCCAGGAGGAGAUCAAGACAACAAGUGUGGGCUGAGCGAGCUGGAGACAGCCACUGUCAGCAGGCGGUCAUCAGGGGCCUCCCAGAGCACCCACGGAAGCCAGCCAGGAUGUUCUCCAUAUUCAACAUCUGGGGCACAUUCAACAAAGUGCUCUUCUUCCUCAGCCUCACUGUCAGCCUUGCAGGGCUGGUGGGCAACGCUCUGCUGCUCUGGCACCUCGGUCUGCACAUUAAGAAGGGACCCUUCAACACCUACCUGCUGCACCUGGCUGCUGCCGAUUUCCUCUUCCUCUCAUGCCAAGUUGGCUUCUCUAUUGCUACGAUCGUGUCGGGCCAUGAGGACACACUCUACUUCCCAGUCACCUUCCUGUGGUUUGCCGUGGGGCUCUGGCUGCUGGCUGCCUUCAGUGUGGACUGUUGCCUCGCCUACAUGUUCCCCUCCUUUUGCAGCCCCAACCGCCGUCCCAGGUUCACUUCAGUUGUCCUCUGCCUCGUGAUCUGGGCCCUGACCAUGCCGGCCGUGCUGUUGCCAGCCAACGCCUGUGGGCUGCUAAAAAACGGAAUGAGUCUGCUGGUCUGCCUCAAGUACCAUUGGACCAGUGUCACCUGGCUAGCGGUACUGUCUGGCAUGGCAUGUGGGGCAAGCAAGUUUCUCUUAAUCUUUGGGAACUGCUGCUCUUCACAGCCACCCCCCAAGUUCUGCAAGUUGGCCCAGUGCUCUGGGAUCCUUCUGUUCUUCUGUCGCCUACCCCUGGUUGUCUACUGGUGCCUGCGGCCAGUCUUAAAAUUCCUGCUCCCCUUCUUCUUUCCACUGGCCACCCUCCUGGCCUGCAUUGACAGCAGUGCAAAGCCCCUCUUGUACUACAUGAAGGGCAGGCAGCUCAGGAAGGACCCACUGCAGGUAGCCCUAAACAGGGCUCUAGGGGAAGAGUCCCAGUCAGGUCUUGGGGGGCUAUCCUUGCCCAUGCACCAAGUGUAGAGAGUGGCCAUUAUACGCCCACCUACCCUGCCCUCAGAGCUGCCAGGGGGUCCCAGUCUUGCUCAAACCUUUGCGACGGCCAAGCUCUGAUCCUGGGAAUUUUAUGGCUUCCUCUUGUAUGCAGGAGAGAAGGGAUGGGGGCCAGAUUGCAUAUUGAACACGCACAGGAGACGGCAAGGAGGGCAGGAACAGACAGAGAAGCAGGUGCGUGAAGGAGGAUCCCAGAACUAUAAUGAGGACAUGGAUCCUACCUCCUUCUGCCCCUACAGCAUCCUACCUGAGGAAGCUGCCCCUCAACCCCAGUACACCAGGAGCUUCCUCCUGCCGUAGAUGAGUCAGAAGACUAGAACUACAGCAUCAGCUCCUGGGGAGCAUUCUCUGCUUUUGGAGAAACUGAGGCUGACCGCCUCCCCAAUUCUCCAGCCUGGUGUUACUACUCAUAGCAGCCACAAGGUGGAGCUGUUUCAUCACUAAAUAAACCUAGUCUGUCCUGUGCCCAAGUCUUCCUCAAGUUCUUGCUUCCUGGGCACUUCUGCUUCUCAGGUGUCCCCAAGGGCCGACACAGUGCAAGCAGGGGGCCCUGGAUCCUACCCAGAUCCCAUCCCAUCCCCAGCUCUGGGCUCCUCUAGGACUGUGCUCACUCAAGCUUUUUCUGUAGACCCCCACCUUGACCUGUCAGCCAGCUUAACCUACAGUUUGAGAGAAGAGAGAGCUAAGCUUCCAAAGUACACAUUAUUUUGUACAUGUUAUGAUGUUUCUUUAAUAAUUAAAAUAAAAAAGCAGAAAGCAACCUA